AUGCAAUUGUCGUGGAAGGAUAUUCCAACGGUGCCGCCAGCCAAUGAUCUGUUGGAUAUUGUGUUGAAUAGGACGCAAAGAAAGACACCCACAGUGAUUAGGGCAGGGUUUAAGAUCACUCGUAUCAGGGCAUUUUAUAUGCGGAAGGUCAAGUUUACUAGUGAAGGGUUUACUGAGAAGUUUGAUGAUCUUUUGAAGGGAUUUCCAAAUGUUAAUGAUGUUCAUCCCUUUCACAGGGAUUUGAUGGAUACUCUUUAUGAGAAGAAUCAUUAUAAGAUUUCGCUUGCUGCUGUUUCUCGUGCUAAGACGCUAGUGGAACAGGUUGCUAGGGAUUAUAUUAGGUUAUUGAAGUUUGGUCAGUCUUUGUUUCAGUGCAAACAGCUGAAGAGAGCAGCAUUGGGUAGGAUGGCUACUAUUGUGAAGAAGUUGAAGGAUCCGUUAGUUUAUUUGGAGCAGGUCAGACAGCAUUUGGGUAGAUUACCCUCUAUCGAUCCGAAUACCAGGACGUUGUUGAUCUGUGGAUAUCCAAACGUGGGGAAGUCUUCAUUCUUGAGAUGUAUUACAAAGGCUGACGUUGAGGUUCAGCCGUAUGCGUUUACCACGAAGUCUCUGUACGUUGGUCACUUUGACUACAAGUACUUGAGAUUUCAAGCCAUAGACACACCAGGUAUCUUGGAUAGGCCCACGGAGGAGAUGAACAAUAUUGAAAUGCAGUCGAUUUAUGCAAUUGCACAUUUGCGUUCCACAGUGUUGUAUUUCAUGGAUCUUUCUGAACAGUGUGGUUUCACGAUAGAGGCACAGGUUAAAUUGUUCCACUCGAUCAAACCUCUGUUUUCGAACAAGUCUGUGAUGGUGAUUAUGAACAAGACCGAUAUCAUCGCUCCAGAACAUUUAGAUGAAGAGCGUCAAAACCUCAUCAAGACGAUUUCUGAGUUUCCGGGUGUUGAAAUUAUGACCACUUCCUGUAUUAAAGAGGAAAAUGUGCUUGAAGUUAGAAAUAAGGCAUGUGAAAAGCUUUUAGCGUCAAGAAUUGAAAAUAAGUUGAAAUCACAGUCCAGAAUCAACAACGUUUUGAACAAGAUUCACGUUGCUAAACCUCAGCCCCGUGAUGAUGGUGUUGACAGAACUCCAUACAUUCCGGAAAAAUUCAAGGCCAUGAAGAAGUACGAUCCUGAGGAUCCCGAAAGAAGAAAACUGGCCAGAGAAAUUGAGGCUGAAAAUGGUGGUGCUGGUACAUAUAACAUCAAUUUGAAGGAUAAGUAUUUGCUGGAAGACGAUGACUGGAAGAACGACGUUAUGCCAGAAAUUUUGGACGGUAGGAACGUCUACGACUUUUUGGACCCAGAAAUUGCAGCUAAACUGCAGGCACUAGAAGAAGAGGAGGAAAGGUUGGCCGCAGAAGGGUUCUACGAGUCUGAUGAUGAAGGACUCGAUGGCUUCGAUCCUGAUGAAGUCAUGGAUAUUGAAGAAAAGGCAACAUGGAUCAGAGAAAAACAAAAGAAGAUAAUCCAUGAAGCCAGAAGUAGAAAGGCACUAAAGAACCGUGGUACUAUGCCUCGUUCAAAGAUGUCCAAAUCGUUUGAUGUUAUGGAAAAACACAUGUCUUCCCUAGGCCAUGACAUGACCACUUUGCAAGGGAAACAAAGAGCUUCUGCUAAAAAGAACAGGUAUGUCGAAUCAGGUGCUGAUGUUGUUUACGGUCAACUUGAAUCAUCUUCGGUUGUUCCAGCCGGUAAAUUAAGGCAAUCAGAUAAGUUAACUGAUGGUGUUGUAGAUGGCUCCAUGAGAAGUAAAGCAGACAGGUUGGCUAAGCUACACAGAAGAGAAAGAAACAGAGAAGCUAGGCAAGGUGAAGGAGAUAGACAUGCAACCGCUUCCUUACCAAAACAUUUGUUUUCUGGUAAGCGUAGUAUUGGUAAAAACGAUCGUCGUUAA